CGGUUCUUGUCGUUUAGCUUUGCUCUUGCGUUGUUUUUGCCUCAUGUCAUUGAAGAACCGUGCCGGCGGUGCUGUCAGCCCGGCGAUGGAUGUAAAUGGGUCACCAACAUCUGCUGAGAUACCCCUACUACCUAGAACUGGACGGCCGAGUCGCGGGCGUACUGAAAAGACGGAAAAGAGCCAACCGCGCUGGUUGACACUAGAGUUUUUAUUGUAUUAUGUGGUGAUUGCGGUGGGGUUACCGGCAUUGUUUAUCUGUGCAUGGGGAUUUAGCAGUGCAAACCACAUCAAUUACUACCAAUAUUCACGAAAACUUGGCAAAGGCUGGUUACUCGGUCGCAGAGUCGAUAAUAGCGAUGCUCAGUAUGCAUCUUUCCGCAACAAUAUUCCCCUCCUUUCCUACGUCCUUGUAGGCCACAUUCUCCUGUCAAACGUCGUUCAACGUCAAAUCCCUUCCCUCCGACCGCUAUUCUCCCUCAUCUUUUCCCUCAUCUUCCUAUCUGUCAUUCAUGGUAGUUCGGUCAUCAAAAUCCUAGUCCUUGCAGCUGUCAACUACGCGGUGGCGAAAUAUGUGGGAGGUCGAUUGGGAGUGGCAUUAUCGUGGAUAUGGAGUUUAGGGGUGUUGUUUGCAAAUAAUGCGUAUGAUGGGUAUAAAUUUGCGAGUUUAAGUCAGGAUUUGGCGUGGUUGGACAAGUACAAAGGGAUCAACAUGCGAUGGUGGAUCACGUUCAAUUUCACAACUUUGAGAAUGAUAUCGUUUGCUAUGGACUAUUACUGGCAGACGAACGGAGGACGUGAUAAGAGCAAAUACGAACAGACACACCGGCAAACCUGCAGCGAAUGUUCCUCUGCCACCCAUCCCGGUGAACAAUGCUCCAAAUCCCGCAUCGAAACUCCUCUCUCAGCGUCAUCCUACAACCUCCUCAACUACUACACCUACCUUCUCUACGUUCCCCUCUAUCUCGCCGGUCCCAUCAUCACAUUCAACGACUUUACAGCCCAACUUCGACAUCCACCCAAAUCGAUAACAAUGAAAAGCACGCUUUUGUAUGCUGUUAGAUGGAUUUUGGUUGUCUUGUGCAUGGAGUGGAUUCUACACACGAUUUAUGUGGUCGCCAUCAAGGACACCAAGGCGUGGGGUGGGUUUACGCCCUUUCAGAUGAGCAUGGUGGGCUAUUUCAAUCUCAAAUUGAUUUGGUUAAAGUUGCUGAUUAUUUGGAGAUACUUUCGAUUAUGGGCCAUGGCUGACCGUAUUGAGACAACGGAAAAUAUGACACGGUGCAUGAGUGACAAUUACUCUGCGAUUGAGUUUUGGCGGUCUUGGCAUCGAUCCUUUAAUCGGUGGCUUGUCCGUUAUGUUUAUAUUCCCUUGGGCGGCCAACGCUACUAUGCCCUCAACAUCUUCCCCACCUUCACCUUUGUGGCGGUCUGGCACGACAUUUCACUCAAACUCUUGACUUGGGGUUGGCUCGUCGCCAUCUUUAUCCUCCCCGAACUCGCUCUCCGCAAAUCCUUUGCCACACCGCAAUUCAGAGCAAAACUCGGCGGCUGGUACCGCAUGCUCAAAGGCAUUGCAGCCGUCUUGAACAUUUGGCUGAUGAUGAUUGCGAAUCUGGUCGGCUUUGCUGUGGGAGUAGAUGGCGUACGCGAAAUGAUGCGUCAAAUUAUUUUUGGAGAGGGUGGGACUGUGUUUUUGGUGUGCUCUUUUGUAGCUGUUUUUGCUGCUGUACAACUUAUGUUUGAGUUGAGGGAGGAGGAGAAGAGACGGGGGUGGAAGAAGUAAGAGAGAGAUCUUGGGUCUGGCAGAUACCCCCCCCCCCAUAGAUAGGUCUUUGUAUGUGUAUGCAAAUUACCACACAAGUACAAUAUCUAUAUUCAUGCUCAGAGGACUAGAGUGAUUUAGAAUACGAACCAUGGUUUUCCACCGCCUGGUCAUCAUACCUGCGGAUCUGUAC